CCAGUUUUGGUAUUGGACAAGGGAAUAUACCGGUUCCUAACCCCAGAAUAUUCCUCAAUAAACGAGAAUAUAUUAUUUCCGGAGGUGAAAAGAAAGGAACAAGGACAUAUUUAGGACCAUCGUCCUGUACUGGACAUCAGGCAAUUUUAAAGUCAGCAAAAAAUAACGCGCCAUGAAGAGAAAAGGCCCCGAAAGGGGGCUGGGAAAGAUCCGGAACCUGCUGGAAUGGGCGGUGCGCAGAGGCGGGAGCUAAGCCUCGGAGGCGGGGCAACGUCUGCAGGGCCUCUUCUGAAUCAGCUUCGUCCUUUUCUUCUCUAGUUCCAUGUCUCUCCUCAUUUCCUUUCUUCCUCCUCCAUCUCUGUCCCCACUCACCUUCUCUGGGGUCUCAGAGGAGACUGGACUGCGCCUUGCUCCUGAAGAUCGGCAGCUCCAGCUGGGAAGAGGAGGGAGACCCAGCCGCUGCUUGACAAGCGAUGGACAGAGAUCAGCAAGUGCACAUGGUCUUUUCCUGGGAGGAGGACCGCAAGAUCGUCCUUCGGUUCUGGUCUCUGGUCUUCAGCAUCCUUGCGAUGCUGAUGCUGUUCAGCACCAUAGAUGGGCGGAUGGCCUACGUGCAGGGCUCCUACACUGGCUACAUUGACUUCUGGACUGACUGCAAGAGGCACAAGUGUGUCAGCUUAGGCCAAGUCACUGUGUUCAUCCACAUGAGCCAGGGCUUUAUGAUUCUGGCCCUGGCCCUAUGCAUAUUCCUCCUCCCCUGCAUGGGCCUGUCCUUCUGGUCAGCGUUCCACCGCCUCAACAAGAUUGACACGGUCUUCAGCUUCCUCAACCUCAGCAUUGGGCUCCUGAUUCUCCUCAGCUUGACGUUCUUUAUAGUCAACUGCAAAGCGCUAGAACCGAAGCUCCAGCUGUCUUACCAGGAGGCCUUCUACUUGUGCUGGUGCGCCUGCGCCUUGAUGCUGUACGCUGGGGCCAUAUCCUACUUAAACCAAGCUGGCAUGUGGAGCACAGAGAGGUCUGCCACUGAGUGGCGAAUAGACUAUCGCCGGUGGACCUUGCAACGCGCCUCGCUGCAUGGAUCCCAACUGAAGGGCUCCUACGAGAACCGUGGGUACACUGAGAAGCGGCCAGAUCCUAGCGACACCCAGGGCAAGCCCGAAGACCCUCCAAAGGAAAACACGCUCACUCCUCCGGACGCUGACCAGUAACGGUGACCAGAUGCCGGCACAUCACUCAGCACCACCACAUCUGGUGGUUAGGUUUCCCUUGAGGUCACGCGCUCCGAAGAGAGCUGGCCGUCUAGCCCUGACCCCGCCCACUGGGGAGGUCUCCGUCGGGCCCCCCCCAGAAGUCGUAACGUGCUCCUCCAUUCUGCCCCUCCUCCAUUUCGGCCCAUCCCCCAUCCCAGGCAGAACGGCUGGUUUGUGUGGCCCCAUCCCGGGUGCCCAGCCCACGCGCCUAAAUGGCUCUCUGUCCUGUUAACCAGAGAUUACUCAUCAGAACUUCUAUCUCGGAGAUCCAGUCCCAUCGCAGCUGUCCAUUCCUGUCUGAGGCGAAUACACCAGUGUCUGGCAUUUGGUGUAUCCCACACUUCUGCAGAGCAGGCCCCUUCCCAUUAGGGUGUGGCUUGUAAACGCCCCCCACCCCUCCCUGGCUUCUUCGGUACAAUAAAAGGCAGGUACCGCCCAAA